AUGGAUGUCGAUGAAGCACCAUUAGACGAAAAAGCAAAGAGAAUGAGAGAUCUGUUAUCCAGUUUCUACUCUCCAAACCCUUCAAUGUCCUCCAACCACGGUAACAGCUUUUCCCAAUACGCCUCCAUCGAUGACAUCAACUCUAUCUCCUUCGAACCUGAUCAGUACAUGAAUAUAUUGGCACAUAAGUCGAAUUUGGAAGGGCUACUUCAGAGGCAUGUUGAAAUGGUAGCUGAAAUAAAGAAUCUCGACACUGAUUUGCAAAUGCUUGUCUAUGAGAAUUAUAACAAGUUCAUCUGCGCUACAGAUGCUAUAAAGAGGAUGAAAGGUAAUAUGUUGGGGAUGGAGGAAAAUAUGGAACAGCUUCUUGAGAAGAUAAUGUCUGUACAGUCAAGAAGUGACACUGUUAACACUUCUUUAUUUGAAAAAAGGGAGCAUAUAGAGAAAUUACAUCGGACAUGCAAUCUUCUUCGUAAAAUUCAGUUCAUAUAUGAUCUACCUGACAGACUACGCAAGUGCAUCAAAUCUGAGGCCUAUGCAGAUGCAGUCAGGUUCUACACUGGUGCAACACCACUUUUUAAGGCAUAUGGAGACUCAUCAUUCCAGGAUUGUAAGCAAGCAUCUGAAGAAGCAAUAGCUAUCAUAGCAAAAAACUUGCAGGGAAAGCUAUUUUCAGAUUCUGAAUCAAUACAAGUUAGAGUUGAGGCUGCAGUGCUGCUUAAGCAGUUGAAUUUUCCGGUGGACAAUUUAAAGGCAAAGCUACUAGAGAAGUUGGAACAUUCCCUUACAGACAUUCAGUUGAUCCCUGAAGUAAUAGAAAAUGCUUCACUCUCUGCCCAUGAGGUAAGUAGUGUUAGACAACUAUCCUUUUGUUUAAUGCCCUUUCCCCCAGAAGCAGCCAUUGGUGAGUUUGUGGAGGCAAUUCGUGCGUUUCGAGUAAUAUUUCCUGAUUCAGAAAAGCAAUUAGUCAAACUUGCUCAAGACUUAGUUACCAAGGACUUUCUAAUUAUCGAGGAGUACGUAAAGACACGAAUUUGUGCGGCAGAUCUACUUGGUGUUCUUCGAGUUGUCUGGAAUGAUGUGCUCCGAAUGGAUGAAGUCUUACAGGAAGCAUCUCUUCCUAAUCAUUCUCUUGAGGCUGCCAAGGUUGCUGUCAAGCUGUAUGUUCGAAAUGCAUUCUCUCAUCUAAUGCAAGAUAUCUCAGAUUCCCUCUUGAAAGUACUGAAACGGGAUGGAGCAGAGGAGCGCUCGCUGGAAGUUGCUUUAGAUGCUAGCAUAAAAGCAGUUCUCCAAGGAGGCAGGAACUUUUUGCUGGAUGUUCGCAAAAUUCUAGAUGACAACUUAGAGAUCCUAGAUAAACUAAGAGAGUUAAUAAUUGACAGGGUUCAAGAAGGAUUUCAAGAUUUUUUUAGGCAACUUGAGGUUCAGUUCCUAUUGCUUUCAGGAAGAAACAAUUAUUCAACUAAUCAAUAUCAUGGUUUGACAGAGGGGGCUCAAGGUGACAAAGCUUUUCCUAGCCUUGUCCUAGUGUUGGCACAACUGUCUACUUUUAUCGAACAAACUGCCAUCCCAAAACUCGCCGAGGAAUUAGCAGCUUCCUUUUCUGGUGGUAGUUUUAGAGGUUAUGAAUAUGGAUUUGCCUUUGUUCCUGGAGAGAUCUCUAAAAAAUUCAGGUCAACUGGAGACAAGUUCUUGCAACUGUACAUAAAUAUGAGAACUCAGCGAAUAUCACUUCUCCUACAGAAGAGGUUUAUCACACCUAGUUGGGUUAAGCAUAAGGAGCCAAGAGAAGUUCAUAUGUUUGUUGAUUUAUUUCUUCAAGAGCUCAAAGUCAUAGGUAAUGAAGUGAAGCAGGUUUUGCCUCAAGGUAUGCGGAAGCACCGCAGGGCUGAAAGUAAUGGAAGUAGUGCUUCAUCAAGAAGCAACUCCAUCCGGGAGGAGAAAUUGACUCGGUCAAGUACUCAAAAGGGAAGGAGCCAGCAACUUUUGGAAACUCAUCUAGCGAAACUCUUUAAGCAAAAAGUUGAAAUUUUCACAAAAGUGGAAUAUACACAGGAAUCAGUCGUUAUGACCAUAGUUAAAUUGUGCCUUAAAAGUUUACAAGAAUUUGUUAGACUCCAGACUUUUAACCGGAGUGGAUUCCAGCAAAUUCAGUUGGAUAUUCAAUUCUUAAGGACUCCACUAAAGGAAAGAGUUGAAGAUGAAGCUGCAAUGGACUUAUUGCUAGAUGAGGUGAUUGUUGCUGCUGCAGACCGAUGCCUUGAUCCAAUUCCAUUGGAGCCUCCCAUAUUAGAUAGACUAAUACAAGCAAAGGUGGCAAAAACUAAGGAACAAAAUACAAUCUCUUCAUGA